AUGGCCGAUCUUAUCGAAUUGCAAAGAAAGGCCCUAUUGGACCAUAUAAAUGCCAUCCAAACAGAUAAUGGCCUUAAAUAUUUGGUGCUCGACGAAACCACAGAGUUCCUUGUCGACUCCUUAAUCGACAGAAAAACUUUGCUCAGAUACGUCACCGCAGUAGAGCGUUUGGACUCCAAAAGAAAGUCUAAACCUUCGAUCGACGCCGUGUAUAUCAUCGACCCCACCACAUUUUCCCUUAAUUGCUUAAAGACUGACUUCAAAGUCUCUCCUCCCAGAUAUCGCUCCAUGUUCAUCUAUGUGCUACCUAGCCCAUCAGUUUCACACACCAUCAAAAGUUUCUCCCAAAAUAACAACCCCAUCUAUAAAUUGAUACGAUUCAUCAAAGUGUUCAAUUUCAAUUAUUUGCCAGUCGACAAUAAAGUGUUUUUGACCACUUAUGAUACCACUUUGGACCCAAGCGUCCCAGUACAAAAAGAUUUCGAUGAUAACGAUCCAAAACUUGUCGAAAAAUCUAAACAAGAUUACCAAACUUAUUCGGAUAAGUUGACCCUCAACAUGUACUCGAUGCAGGUUUUUUUCAACCCAAGUUUUAGAAACUUUGUCAACUUCAUGAUCGAUGGGGUGGUUAAUAGUUUGUUGAAUGUGUGUAUUGUAACCAAUGAGUACCCAAUCAUUAGGUACUACUCGCCAAAAAUUUCAUUCCAUCAAUCAUCAAUAGUCUCCAAGCUCGUGGCGACAAAACUUCAAGAAAAAUUGGAUGAUUAUCUCAGAAAUAACCCAAAGUUCAACCCGAACUCUGGGGUGGGUGGUGGUGCCGCCAGCUCCGCAAGUCCUGAAAGAUCGAUCUUGGUGAUAGUUGAUCGUUCUAUUGAUUUGAUGGAACUAUUUUUACACGAAUUCAACUAUGAAUCAAUGAUUUAUGACUAUUUGCCCCGCUCGGAAUUCAAUAACAAAUCAUCGGUGGUGUUUUACUCUUCAGAAAACGCUAGAGGUACCAAGAUUAAAAAAGUCUCCAAGCUCACCACUAGAGCAAAGGACAAGUAUUUUGACAAGUACCGGUACUUGCACAUUGCAAAAGCCUAUGACAUGUUGAAUGACGAUAUCAAAAAAAUGGUGGAAGACAAUCCAUUAUUGAUGAACACUUCCAACGCCAAAAGUACCACCGAUAUUCUUCACAUCAUGGCGCAUUCCCAAGAAUUCAACGAAGACCGUAGAUUAUUAACUUUACAUAAACAACUCAUUGAACGGUUUUUGAAAAUGAGUAUGGAAUUGAAACUAUCUGCCCUUGCCGACCUUGAACAAACCAUGGCGGCCGAUGGGUACGAUAUUGAUGGCCAAUUCAUCAGAUUACAAAAAUUGACCGACAACAUGGUUGCCACCCUUGAUGAGAUGAAAGCGUUGGAUGUCACUUAUAAGAUCAGAUUGAUUGUGUUGUACGUGUUGAAGAAAAAAGACGGGAUUUUCCUUGACGAUUUAUCCAAGCUCUUGAAGUUUAUCGGGGUUUAUAAUGAGCGGGAAUUGCAAGGGUACAUCCAACUAUUCAAGAACUUGAACUUGUUGAACCAUGAUGUUAUUAAACUUGCCAUGAAUCCUCAUUCACAUCACCAGCAGCACAAGGAUGAUAAACCAAGAAAUAUCGAAUAUGGCGAAAUCGAUAACUCACAACUCAACACUUCCAGAUACAAGCCGGCGAUUGCCAAAGUGAUUUCCAGCCUUGCCAAGAAUAAUAACGAAGAAUUGUCAGAAUUCCCAUUUGCCAAUGAAGCCAACAACACGUUGCUUGAAGAGUCGGUUACUGGGGGCAGUCAUUCUUCGAUUUCUAGUAAUUCCACCUCUUUAAGAAACAAGAAUCUUCAAUCAACUUGGUCCACGCGCUCCAAAACAAAGACUAAUCGUCAAAAAAUCUUUGCUUAUAUGAUUGGAGGGAUUACUCCUGCAGAAAUCAAGGCGGCCCACGAUAUCGGUGAGACCACCAACAAAGACGUGUAUCUUGGAAGUGAACAUAUUCUUUGUCCAGGGGAAACCAUUUUCAAUAUCCAAAACUUGAAUAAUACCAAUGCCAAAGAAUUGAACCCGUACAUUGAAUUCAAAUUACACAGGGAAAGCAAUGGGAAAGUUCCGGAGUAUUUGUUAGAUAAUGAUUUCCCUAAACCCCAAUCACAACAACAACCCCAACAACAACCACAAUCUUCAAUGAAGGAUAAAUCUGGUAAAGGUGGCUGGGGACAACGGCCAGGAAUGAUGAAAUCUAGUAGUGCUCCAGCAACAUCUGAUAAACCUAAGGAAAAGAAGCAUAAAUUUGGUUUGAAAUUCAAAAAAUAA